CGUCGAAAAAUGCAAAGCAGAGUUAGCGUUUAUGUUGCGCUUCGCACGAGCAGUCACCAUGCCGCCCCAGAUUUUCCCACUUUACGGGUACCGGAAGAAAAGACAAAGCGUGCAUAACGUGGGCUCGCGGCGAGAGAGAGAGAGAGAGAGAGCAUAAAUCGAGUAGCAGCAUGCGUGGCGCGUUGUGAGUACCUGCAGAGCCCUUGAGCGGAAGAGAGAGCGAGAGCGAGAGGGAUGGAGGCACCGACUGCUUGCGCGACUGUGUCGUCUAUCUUCGUAUACCCAAUCAAGUCGUGCCGUGGAAUUUCCGUCCCUUCAGCGUCCAUCUCCUCGACAGGAUUUCGAUGGGACAGGCAGUGGGUGGUUGUGAAUUCCAAAGGACGAGCAUAUACACAAAGAGUUGAGCCAAAACUUGCAUUGGUUGAACCAGAGUUUCCAAGGGAAGCAUUUGAUGAAGCUUGGGAGCCUUCAUGUGGAUCAUAUUUAGUUUUGAGGGCUCCUGGAAUGGACACAUUGAAGGUUUCUCUGAGUAAAAGAUACAACAUACUUGAUGGUGUUUCUGUGUGGGAGUGGUCUGGUUCUGCAUAUGAUGAAGGAGAUGAAGCAACAAACUGGUUUUCUGAGUACCUUGGAAAGCCAAGCCGUUUAGUUCGGUUUAACACUGAAAAUGAAACCAGACCUGUGGAUUCCAAUUAUGCCAGUGGAUAUGAAACAAUGUUUUCUGAUGGUUAUCCAUUCUUACUAAUCUCUCAGGGUUCUUUAGAUGCACUAAACAAGCUUCUGAAAGAGCCUGUACCUAUAGACCGCUUCAGGCCAAAUAUUCUUGUUGAAGGAUGUGAUCCAUUUGCUGAAGACUUAUGGGCAGAAGUAAAAAUAAGUGGGGCAAAAUUUCAUGGUGUUAAGCUCUGUUCUCGAUGUAAGGUACCAACUAUCAACCAGGAGAAUGCAAUUGCAGGUGACGAACCUAUCAAAACACUCAGGGAAUUUCGAUCUGAUGAAAUCUUGCGACCAACCAAGAAAUCUCAGAAGAAGGUUUACUUUGGGCAGAACCUUGUUUGUGAGGAGUCUCGUAGUUCAGGAAAGGAAACUUCCAUUCGAGUUGGUGAUCCUGUUUAUGUCAUUAGAAAGUUUUCUUCUCAUGCUGAUGCAGCUGCUUAGUUUGUUGCUUUCUUUCAGUCAAUAGUUAGAGUAGGAUACUAUCAUAUGUUGGUCAGGUUUGUUGACCCUCGUUUCUUUAACAAGCUAAAAUGGUGAUAUGAUUGCAUUAGUUCUGACAUGUCAUAGUGCAGUAUAUUAGAUGCCAUGACUGUAUUUCUGUUUACUAGCAUUCUCCAGUGCCAUAUGAUAGCUCUUGCAGCACUUGGGAUGGGCAGUAGCAUCUGAAAUUUAGCUUUCAGAAUUAUAACGCACAUUCUUCUCCAAGCCAAAGAUCCUGCCAAACUUUGUAAAGUGAAUGUCAAAUUGUUAUCGUAGACAAUAUUAUUAUAAAGCUGCGUACUAAACUAGAACUCCUGCACUAUUCUGUAGCUGAAACUCUGUGGAAGCAUCAAUUUGGAGGUAUUUGUAUUUUC